AAUUUAUAACAUUAUUUCAUGAUCUUGAAGGUAUUUAUUGAAAAUAUCAUUAUUCUAAUUGUGAUUUUUAGGAGGAUCAUAUAGAAAGGUUUAGUAUUUUACAUAGUUAACACUAAUUCGAUAAAUACCACUACAAGAUUCUCUUAUUGGUUCAAUUUUUUUCAAAUUAUAAUAUUUUAUAAAAAAACUCAUGGAUUUGGAUCACUAUAACUACCUUCUAAAGAGAGAUAUAAAAUUGGAUAUAAGUAUAACUGAGCAAAUGCUUCAAAUGCUUGAGAUGCUUAUACAUUGGAUCUUUUAGGUUGGCGAGUAAAAUAAAUUGGAAAUCAAAACAAUUGAAUUAGCUGCCAUUCUAAGCAAAUUAUUUGUUUCAAAAAACCAAAUCCAUUCUGAAAGAGCAGAUUUGCUAGGCAUAGUUUCGUUAAUGAUAGCAGUAAAGUUCAAUGAAUGCCAAACCAAAAUAUAGAUUAAUGUUCAAGACUGUGUCGACUAAUGUCAAUCUAAAUAUAGUUCUGGAGAAAUAACAGAUAUGGAAAUAAGUAUUCUAUCUCUUAUUGAGUAUGAUGCAAAUAUUACUACAAUAACUGAUUAUUUUGAUGGUGAAGAUGUAUAAACUGACUUAGUAUUGUUUGUAACUCUUGAUUCUGAAUUUCUAUACUUUCAAAAAUAUGAAUUGUUUGAGGCAAUUAGAAAUUUUUACUCAUAAGAUACAUCAAACUUGUCUCAAAAUACAAAAAAUAUAAUCAGCAAAAUUAGUACUAAAAUUUAACAUUUGACUACAAAAGAUGAAAAAAAGACUCCAAAAAUAAAAAAGAAAAUGAUUAAAAAAUAGGGAUUUAAAAGAUCAAUAAUAUGCAGCUCACAAAGCAUUACACUAUGA